AUGUCGUCAUUAUCGGAAGAAUCCGUCAAGUUGCAAGAGCUUUUGUCCAAGCUCUCGGUAUGUGCCAUUGCAGACGCUAUGGUAGAGCUACAGAUUCAAGGUCAUCUUGUGGAUGUGAACCUUGUACGAGGUUAUGAUUCGCCUUUAACUACGGACAUUUGUGGCUCAGCCUUUACAGUCCACGUCGUGCCAAUCACGGGUCCGGAAGUAAAGAAAUUGCCGUAUCAUUAUGUGGAUAAAGUUGGGCAAGGUGAUGUGAUUGUUAUUAGUGCACCGAGUGGCAUUACUUGUGGUCUGUUUGGUGGAUUAUUAGCAACAGCUUCCAAGGCACGAGGUGCAGUAGGUGUCGUGACGGACGGAUGUGUGCGUGAUGUGCAGGAACUAUGUGCCCUUGGCUUCCCCACGUUCUCUCGAGGAACGUCAGUGCAUGGUCAACAAAAGACAACGACUGCUAUUGACGUCAACUGCCCCAUUGUCGUUGGUAGUCGCACCGUCCGUAACAACGACAUUAUUCGAGGUGACGUGAAUGGUGUCCUUGUCAUUCCUCUUGAACGUGCAGCGGAAGUAGCAGCUCUGGCGAAAACCAUUGAAGACCAAGACAACAAGAUUGCCGAUGAACUCAAGCAUGGCUCAGGACUGCAAGAGUCGUUCAAACGCUGCCGCUCGGAGCAGUAG